AUAAAAUUGAAUUAUUUUAGCUGCAACAUUUAGCACUCCAAUUAAAAAUGGGUGGAAAACACAAAGUGGCAAACCGUACCAAGAACAAUGCUAGGCCUUCCAGCAGUGGCAGGACAGCAGAGUUAUUGAGUACGAAUAUGCCCAAUUUCACGGGCCUUUCCGGUAUAAAAGAAACAGGAUUUGGACUUGGAGGCUUUUCUUUGAGUAACACAGAUGAACUGGAUGCUGCAUUGGAUCCAAAUUAUCAGUUGGUUUUAAAGAAAAUCAACAAGAAAGACUCAACGACCAAACUUAAAGGUUUGCUAGAAUUGGCUGAACUUAUUAAGAGUUCCGAUGUUGAUACUAUUAAAUCUUUGUUGCCUGUUUGGCCUAGGUAUUACAAUGUUUUGGCUACAGAUACUGAUAAUAGAGUUAGAGAAGCAACACACAAUGCUCACUACCAAAUAAUAUUAAAGGCUAAAAGGAAUAUUGCACCAUUUUUAAAACAGUUAAUGGCACCAUGGUUUACUUCUCAAUACGAUACCUAUCCACCAGCAGCAACUAUUGCCACUCAGGCUUUUAAGGACACAUUCCCUUCAAACAAAUUUCAAGAAGCUGUGGUAUUUUGCCAAGAAGAAAUUUUGUCAUACAUCAAAGAAAACUUAACAGAACAAUCAGCCCAAUCCUAUAUAUCAUCAAAAUCAAUGUCCCCUGAAGAGGCAGAGGCCAAGUUAGAAAGAGUUCUUAUUUCCAGCUUGCAAGGAUAUUAUUUGUAUUUAACCAAAGUAUCUCCAGAACAAAUAAAAACAACGUUAGAACUAAACAGUUCCAUUGUUUCCAAUCCAAAAUUUUGGAAGCUAGCCAAACAUAAGAUAGGGGCUAUUAGAGCCGCCUGGUUUGAAGUAUUGGCAGCUAUUUGUCAGCAUGCUAUUUUUCUAAUAGAGGAGAAAGGGUCAAAUAUUACUAAUACUGUUUUUAGUAAUUUGGAUGAAACUGACCCUACUGUUUUACCUUAUGUAUGGGAGUGUGCCCUUUUAGUUAUGUCUUCUUUUAAGGAGUGGUGGACAUUUAUAAAUAUUGAUAAAUUGUUUUUACCAAAGUUGACAAAAAUUUUAAAGCAGGGUGCACAGGGUACAGCAAAUGUUAUUUAUCCAAAUCUUUUACCCCUUUUAUCACAUUUGCCUCCAAAUAUUGAUGCUGGAACGUUUUACUCAAACUUUUUUGAAAAUAUAAGAUUAGGAUUUAAUCAAAAGCAUGUUAUAGCAAGUAGAUCAGAAUCUGUAGCUGUAGCCACAGCAUUAAUAGAAUGUUUGCAAUAUGUCAUUUUAAAAAAUCAAUCAGACGUCUUAUUAUGCAAAAACCUAAUUGGCCAACACAUUAUAUCAACCUUGGAAUGGUGCCUAACAGAAAAUCAAGCUUGUUAUAAAAUAAUUUUUAACCUAGUGGCAUCCUUGGCUCAGUAUUGGAGCAGGAACCAAAACACCAAGGAUUUUAAUAAUUAUGCCGCCUAUUUGGAUUUCUUUUUUGAGAAUGUAUUUGUCUUAUUCAGAGAUACUUUAUUUAACGUUAAAGGUUUACAAUCUUUAAAUGUUGCCGAUGUUACAUCAAGACAAAUUGAAUUUUUACAGUGUCUUAGGCACAUUAGCAAACCGAAGAAAGUAACUAAAGUACAAUUUACCGAUAAAAUUGACUCAGGAAAACCCACUGAAGAAACCUGUGAUUCAACAGUUCAAACUCCUAACUUAUAUGUAAAGAAAUUAAACGCCCUCGUUUUUAAUAUUGCAGAAGAGCAAGUUAAAUACAUUGAAGAGCACAGAUCCAAAGAUCUAUUGAAAAACUUUUACUCAUUGGUUUUAGACUUUGAUACUCAGAACUUCUUUUACAAUUUGUCUGAGAAGAUGAAGGUUAAGAAUAAAGAUUUCGUUUUAAUUGAUAUUUUUAAUAAAAUACUUCACAAAUGGUUAACUUCAAAUGAUUUGUGUUCACAACAUGUUGUUGAUUUGAUAUUUUUGCUGUUCAAGUUUGUAGAGAAAUCUGAGCAAGAGUUGAUCAUGGAUACGCUUUCUAAAUCAAUUUCUAAAGAAUGUUUAGGAUGGUGCAUAUCUCAAGCUCUAUCACACCCCACGAAUAAAAAUCCCAUAGUGCAAAAAUGGUUGCACAAUGAUAAUGUUAGUAGUUUUAUUGUUUCCAUUGCUGAUAAAGAAAUUGAGGACAAAUGUACACCUGAAUUGGGCGUCUUGUUAAAGUUGUCACUUACUGAAAAUGAAAACGGAGACUUAUUUAUUAAACAAGAGGCUGUCAAAAAGAUAAUCGACAAGCUUAUAAACGUGUUGGAACAUGAAAAUAAUUACAUAAUAACGUUUGAUACUUGCUCCAGUCUGGCUUCGUAUAUAUCCGCCAUUGUUUACACAGAUAAUUUGUUGCUUAUGUAUGGCGAUAAACUCCUUUUAGCUUUAUUCAAAUUGGCUUGCAAACAUAACUGUGAUCCAGAAAUAGUUUCCUCUGAAACAAUGUACGAACUAAACUCCGCUUGGGAAGAUGCCGUAAGUCUGUUAGGUUCUGGUUUAGAGAAGUCCGAGUUUCUACAACUAACAUCAAAAUUCACAGAUGUGGUUGAAAAUUAUUUGUUUAAAAGCGACUUGAGUCAAGCAGUUAUAAAACAUUUAACCACCAUUGUGGCAAAUUAUCUUAAAGCCUGUCAAAGAAAUGUUCCAUAUAUAAACGACGUUUUAAAUUUAUUUAUUGAAAGACCAUUUGUACCACAACAAAAAGACAACAUAACGCAGUUAUGCAAAAAGGCUGAAUACAUUACUGGUGCUCUGUGUAGUCCAUAUGAAGAAGUCACCUGUGAUGUCGAAAUAAAUGUUUUGGAUGUUUACAAAUAUUUUGUGUGGACAUACUUUAAAAGCAGUAUUAUUUUCAAGAAUGUUUCUAAAGAAUGUAUAGAAGAAGAUAGUGAUUGUGAAAUUCAACCUGAAUUGGAUAGUGAUUUUAUUUUAUCCUUGUUGGAAAUGCCUGAAAAGUAUGUUGGGGAUAUUCUCUAUGAUCUAUCGCUGGCUAUUUUAUUCUUAGAUCAUUACAAAAACCUAUCAUGGUACUCUGAAAUUAAAGACUACUACAAAUUGACUCUAACCCAAUUCAAACAAACUGUGGAAAAGCUAUCCCCUCAAAUUAAACAAAACCUAAAAUUAUUCUUGAAACAAUCCACCCUAGAAAACAGCUGGUUAUGGUGCAAAACGAUUUACUUGUUUUACAAAGAAAUAACCCCUGGACCUUUGGGCAACAUAUACACCGAAUUAGUUUCCGAAAUACCCAAAGGCGAAAGUUUGUGUCGGCUUCAACUCACGCAAAUAUUCGGAGAACACAUAGACUUUGAUUUCAUAGGGAAUAAACACGAUUCAGUGGAAUUUAUUGUCGUGCUUAAAAGUCUAUUGCAUUGCAAUGAAAUCGAUGUGCAGAUUGCCGAAGUUUUCGGAAAAGUUGAGGCUAUUAGGAGCGAAAAUGUGCCACAGUUCUUGUACGAAUCGCAUAACAUUAGCUGGGUUAAAACACAAGAAAUUUUGGAAAUUAUAAGGUUGUGCUCAGGUUUGAUCUCACAGAAAAUUAACUUACUUAAUAGGAGACACUGGGACUUUGGAGUUUUGUCUUUGGUAUCUUGGGCGUCAAAUAUUUUGAAAGCCAGAUCUCAUUAUAACAAAAUUCAGGUACAAGCUUUGUUCGCUGCCGUUGCAAAUUUGUUUAUUUGCACUGAAAAACAAAUUCAAAAACUAACAGAAGAAAGUGAAAAUAACAAUUACGUUAGCGAAUGGAAGGAUGUCUUAGUUGAAAGUAUUCACGCCGAUUUAGCGCAGUUGUGGCUCUAUUUAGCUGAACAAUUUGAAAGCCUUGAAUACACCCAACAACUAAAAUACAUGCCUCUUAUCCAAGAUUACGGCAAAGUGGUGAAUUACAUAAAACACGAAUUUCUCUUUAAAUUCAGCGUUAGUUCGUUGCCGAAAUGGACGAAAUUUCUCAAGAAAAGUUGUGCCCUGCUAGUCAGUAGAGUACCGACUUUGCAAAUAUGGGGAUACAAAAUGUUGCUGAAACUUGUGCCUGGUUUAAUUCAAAUUGAUUUCGAGGCUGUUAACACGAACACGCCGCACAAGAAGGGGCUGAUUUUCGAGCAGUUCAAGGAGAAAUUGGUGGAAACUCAUAUGAUUGUUAAUAAUAUGCUGAUGGGCUUUAAAUUAGGUGAAGACAGCUGUACAGUUAAGACGUCAACAGAUUCUUUUACAUAUACUUUUGCUUACUUAUUGUUGUGGGACGUUCUUUUAACGCUAUGUGAGCAGUCACCCACAGAGUUAAGAUAUCAGUACGCGGAUUGGUUAAGAAAUGAAGACCUAUUAAAAAACUUCCUAAACAACCUGUUUAGACUAAUGCCCACGGAAGUUCUUCAUUUCAGUGAGGGAAAAUCAAAAACAAUAUCGGACUUGUUUUUGGAAAAAACAUCCUUAGACAUCACAGAUGAAUGCAAUAGUGAAAAAAUCGAGAAAUUCGUGUGCCGGCUUUAUGCCUCCGCGUUGGCGCAGUUACCAGCUUUAGUUAGGCAAUGGUGGACAGGAAUUGAAACCAGGGUAUCUCAGGUUGUGGAAAAAGUAACGUCGAUUUAUGUUUCACCACACCUUUGCACUCUGGAAUUUGCAGAUGUUACCAGUCAUGAUACUAAGUUUAAAAACAUGGUGAUUAAAGUUGUGCCAAGUGUAAGGGAAGUUGUAGCAGUGUACACAGUAGAUGAAGCCACAAUGGAACUUGUUAUUACUUUACCUGCUAAUUACCCGUUGGGCGGACCAGAGGUGCAAUGUAACAGACAAAUAGGAGGCACCACACAUAAACAUUGGCUUUUGCAAUUUAAAAAAUGCGUUUUACACCAGAACGGCAGAAUAUGGGAUGGUCUUUCAUUAUGGAAUACCAAUUUGGACAAGAAGUUUGAUGGCGUGGAAGAAUGCUACAUUUGCUUUGCCGUUUUGCAUCCAGGGACAUAUCAGUUACCAAAACUUUCAUGUCAAACGUGUAAAAAGAAGUUCCAUUCUGCUUGUUUGUACAAAUGGUUCAGCACCAGCAAUAAGAGUUCCUGUCCCAUUUGUAGAAACCUGUUUUAAUUUAUAUUUUUCAUUGUAAUAAAUUAUUAUUUUUUGGUUAUUGAAACAAUCCAUUGUAAAUAAUGAUUUUAAUUUAAUACAUACAUGUAUAUUAUUAUUUUACUAGUUUUAUUACACAAUACAAUACCUAUUUAAAAAAUAUUAUAAAAGCACUUGGUUAAUAACUUAUAAUUAUAAAAACCUAAUAUGGUUGUUGAAACACCAAAUAAACUCAAAAUAGUUUGGAUUUUGAUCAAAAACGUUUGGAGGUAUAAUAUGAAUUAUAUCUGUACCGUCUCUAAUUUUUACGUCGUUUAUUUUCUUUAAAGAUUCCUUUAUUGAAAGCAAUUUUUCAAAGUCAACAUGUUUUAAAAUUAAAAUGCCGUUUUUAUUAAAAUACAAACAUUUAAAAGCCUUAAUCAAAUAAUACAAAAUACCCACUAAGUAAUGGGUAAAAAAUGGAAAAUUAAUAAACAUUAUUUCUUUGGUAUUAUCACAUACUUGAAGCUUACUGCUAAAAUCCUUUUGAAAUUUGUUUUGGUCAUAAAUAUUAAAAUCGUUAAUGUCAAAAAUUGUGUAUGUCUUACGUAAACUUUCUAAACAAAAAAAAUAUAAGGUGUUUUCUUUUUUACUUUUAAAAUUCCACUUUGUGAAACUAUCAAUUGUUGUUUUACAAGCAAAUUUUGAAUUUUUUACAGC